AUGAGUAGAUUAAAGUACUUUCGUUCAACAUUGACUGUACAAGAUGAUCAUGACAACAAUAGUAAUAACCAUGACUGGAUACCUGUAAUAGAUAUGAAGACCUUUAGAGAAGCUUGCUUCAAUGGCAUACCAGACGAACCAGGUUUACGGUCAACGGCAUGGAAAGUACUUUUAGGCUAUUUACCACCAGAUAAAAGAACUUGGGCAAGCAUACUGAAGAGCCAAAGAUUGAGCUAUUAUAAUUGGGUAAAGGAUUUACUCGAGGAUCCAGCAGAAGAACCGCCCUCGGUCGAUCAUCCUUUGAACGAUCAACUGGGUUCCAAAUGGGCGAGCUAUUUUGAAGAUAAUACAACUUUAGAACAAAUUGAUAAGGACAUCAGACGUACUUUACCAGAUUUUGCAUUCUUUCAGCUACAUGUACCUUUAAACCCAUUGAACCCAUUAUCCCCUCCUCCUCCCCCUGCUCAACAACAACAACAGCAUACUAUUGAUGAUGGAGAUCCACUUUUAGGUAACGGAGUCAUACUCGAAGAACCACACAAUGAAAAGGACGGCAAAACACGACGAUUUUCAUUUGGUCUAAGAGGGAGACCAAGGUCAUCCUCAACUGCAUCCAAAAAGUCACUUAAACUCUCUACCAUCUCGAGUCCUAAUCCUGCAGCAACAGCAGGGACUACGUCAACACUAAACUCAGGAACAAGAGCAAGAUCUAACUCGAAAAGCUCUGCACGUUCAUUGUCAUCCGGCAUGCUCGAAACUGGAAAUGAAAUCAUUUCGGCGCCUCGUAAUAUUGUACGCAAGUUAUCCAGUGCAUUCAUAAAAUCAAACCACUCAAGCAGCCUAUUACCCAAAUUCAGCAAGAAGCACUCAUCCUCAACAGCAUCAAUUCAGCAUUUAGAACCCAUAUGUCCUUAUAUUCCAACACGCAGGUCGUUAUUUAAGCGCAUAGCCCAUUUACAUGAUGAAAGCGGUAAUAGAGAACACGAGCAGCAAUCAAAGCUGGGCGAUGCAUACAUUCAGGACUAUCAUUGGGAAGUGAUUGAGCGUAUUUUGUUUAUUUAUGCCAAAUUGAAUCCAGGUGUGGGCUAUGUGCAAGGCAUGAACGAAUUACUUGCGCCUAUUUACUAUGUAUUUGCUGCAAAGGCGGCAGAUGAUGAUUCCGAGUCACAAGCAUAUGCAGAAGCAGAUGCCUUUUUCGUAUUCACCACUCUCAUGUCGGAUGUCAGAGAUCACUUUGUGCGAUCUCUCGAUUCAGACGCUUGUACAGGUAUCAAUGCAACCCUUUGGAGGAUGAACCAACGAUUGGCAUGGUAUGAUAGGGCUCUAUUUCGUGAUUUACGGAAAAAGGAUGUCAAGGAGCAAUACUAUGCAUUCAGAUGGAUCACUGUCCUGUGUUCCCAAGAAUGGGAUCUGCCUGACGUAAUACGGCUCUGGGAUUCUGUAUUAGCAGAUAGAGCGAUGCAGGAAGAAGAUAAAGAACAGAACAGUCGAUUUGAAUUUUUACUAGACUUUUCUGUUGCCAUGCUUGUCUGUAUACGUCAGGAGCUUAUGAAUGGCGACUUUUCUGAAAAUAUGCGCAUUUUACAGAAUUAUCCAAUUGAUGAUUUACAAAUUGUGUUGAAUGCAGCAAACGCUAUUCGAGAAGCACGAUCGCAAGUAGCUGCAUCGGGGAAAGUGAUACCAGGAGUAGCCAACGAUAAGAGAGGCAGUGGACUAUUCAACGGUGACUGGAGCGAUACAUCUUCUAUGUCAUCCACUGGAUCAAUUCGACUGAAAAAAUUAAAAGACACGACAGAUUUGGCAAGGGCUAGUAUAGACUCGUUACGUAAAGGAUCCAAGGAAUCAUUAGACGAACUUUUUAGAAGAAGCCUUACUAUUACGCGUCACAGCCUUGAUGAUUUUGAAAGAAAACGAGCAUCAACGGGUGAUAUGAUGUCGCGAAGCUUAUCGCAAAAGUUUAGCUUUGCUAAUAAUUUAGCAGCCAAAGUAAAACGCACGGCAUCUGUUCGCUCUGCCCAAAUAGAAAAUGAAGGACACAGGGAUUGGGAGUAUGGUCAAUUGAAUGAGAAGGAUAAUAGAGUCAAUAGAUCUAGUUCACUUCUCAACAGGUUUUCACAAAUGGUCUCUAACAAUCCAGUGGGGCCAUAUCGCCCACACCAAAGGUCAGUACAAGGGAAGCAUGACACUCCACCUACGAAUAAUUUAAAUAGUACAGCAAGGACCUACAAAGGCUACGUCUAA